AUGCGCCAGAAGCGCCAGAAUAUUGAUUAUUAUAUAUCAUGUAGCCCAACAACGGACAAACUAGAUUUCCGAUACAAAACCGAAGCCGAGUACGACAAAUGUAGCAAGGCACAAAUGCGCGAAUUGACCAUGGCCAAUCUGGACGUAAUAAUAGCCUCGAUGAAACUACAGGGCAUGAAAUACCGGCACUUUCACGGUCUGGACAUAAUCGACGAGUUCUAUCAGCGGCUAAUCAAUAGAGCCCAACAGUAUAUGCCUGUCAUGUAUGCCGUAAUGGAUGCCUACGAGCCGCCACCAAAUAUCACCAUGUUCAAACACAAUGUCGAGUAUUACAUAGGUUCAUCGUUUGAAGAGUACAGGUACAUGGGCGCCAAGUUGGAUGUGAAGCGCAAAAAUAUGCUUAAGGUAACUGACAGUGAGCAAGUGCUGCGAGAUAAAUUGACCAAGUUACAAAAGACUAUUUUGCGUACGGUCCUAUGGGCGUCCAAUUAUAUUAAGACUAAACGUCAGGACACUUUGUGGGGUUCCCUACAUAUACAGAUUCACGAUUUAGUACAGCACAUAUUCACCGAGUUGAACGCUGACCUUGAUAAAAUGCCUAAUGGUGUCAAGAAGGCAAAAGCGCUUCAU